GUCGAGAAAAAAAGAAAGGGAAUAAACCUUGUAACAAAAUCAUGACAAAAAAUAUAUUUAUUGAAUAAAUUAAGCAUUACAGGACAUUAUAGUCAUUCAAUAAAAUUUGAUGAUUGUGUCCAAAAAAAAUAAUAAUAUUUGAUUAUAUUUUAAUGAUGAUUAUCUUCACUUGUGUUCAUUCACAUUCACAGGAGGUGGUCGGUGUUCACGUUUAUUUGUUCAAUUGAGUUUUUUUUUGACGCAAUUUGUUCAAUUGAGUUGAGACCCGAAAAAUAAAGCAUAAAGACCAAAAAGUCCUAUGUAGGAUACAUUAUCCAUAAAAUAGUUUCGAAAAAACGGAGUAAUCGAAGUUUAUAGGAAUAACUAUUUAAUGCGUGGGACUGAGAUGGGUUUGUGGGGGGUUUUUUCUGGUAUCCAAAUCCUCUACAAAAUUCAAACUUUGAUUCAAGCCUCCAUCAUAUUAUUAUUUUAAUUCAUAACCACCAAGGUGGAUGAUUCAUUCAUAGCACAAUAUUUUAAUUACCUCGUUACAAAGAUUGUUUUAAACAAACGUGGGAAAAAUCGAAAUCGCCAUCAUCCGGAUUGUUUUCUGAAUCUGUUAAGUUUUGUUGUUGAUCAGGAACAGUAAUCAUCGGAAAGAAACACAGGUUGUAGGAAUAAUUUGUGUUUGUCUUGAUUGGAAGCAAAGCUUGAAAUUUGAAGUUUUUUUUUUUUUUUUUUUUUUUUUUUUUAAUUAGAAAUUUUGGUGUGAGAAAAAAAAAAAUGAAUGUGGUAGGGAAAGUUGGAAGUUUGAUAAGUCAAGGUGUGUACUCAGUUGCUACCCCUUUUCACCCUUUUGGUGGUGCUGUUGAUGUGAUUGUUGUUCAACAACAAGAUGGUACAUUUAGAAGCACACCUUGGUAUGUUAGGUUUGGUAAAUUUCAAGGUGUUCUCAAAGGUGCUGAAAAAGUUGUUAGAAUAAGUGUUAAUGGAGUUGAGUCCAACUUCCAUAUGUAUCUUGAUAAUUCCGGGGAGGCUUAUUUUGUGAAGGAAGUGGAUGAGGAUAAAGGGGUUGAUCUUGAUCAAGAUUCUAGUAACAAAAAUGAUACUAGUUUUUUAACUAAUGGUCAUAGACUUGAUCAUAGUAUCUCAGAUUCUGGGGUGCUUCGGUUGAAAGAUGAAGUUGAGUUGUCCGUUGUGCCUCGGAUUCAAAGGACAGAAUCUGAAGUGAGAUAUUAUGAUUUUCAAGAUUCAUUUGAUGAUUCAGUUGAUUUACCAGAAUACAGGUCUAAUUCGUACGGAAAUAUAGAGGGAGAAAAUCCCGCGGACUCGCAGGGUUCUCACCCAGAGAUGGUCCUGGUGAGUGUUGAUGGUCAUAUUUUGACAGCUCCUAUCUCAGAAUCAGAGCAAAACGAUGAAAAUGUGCGGUUAAGAAAUCCUCAAUUUCAUCUCGGCCCGGCUGAAGAGACUGACAUAUGUGAAGGCAAUGGAGAGUUUAGUUCUGGUGAAAAUGCUUGGGCUGCUGAUUAUAUUAGCCAGCUGGAUGUUUCAACAACUGAUAUCAAACCUAGACGGUGUGACGCUAAUGGUGAUGAUAAUACCUCUAUGAUCCCACUCAAAGUUUGUCAAGAAGAGGAGGUAAGUAUUUGUGAACCACAAGAAACUAUGGAGGUCGAAAUUCAUGAAGAUCUUCAUACGAAAACUGAUUCAGAAGGUGUGGUUGUAUCUGGCAUCAAGAAGGAGUGUGUUUUCAAAAGCUGUUUGGAGCUACAGGAACUUGCACAGCUGGCUGGAAAUCCUGAAUUACAAGGUUCAUUGUUGGAGGUUCAAAAUUCAUCUUACGAAUCUAAUGCAAGUUCUCCUGUACAAUCUACAAACAUCGACGAGUUAUCCUCCACAAGUACUCCUACUUCUUCUGGUUGCCAUAAAUCUCCAAAGUCAGAAUCAGGACUUCAAGAGGUUGAAAAAGAUGCAUCGACAGAGGUUGAAGCUGAAACUGCAUACGACUCCCCUUCUAUUACUGGUGAUACUGAACGGAGUAGCGAACAAGUUGACAUGCCAGUAUCAAAUGGCAGGGUAGAUGAUAGUCAUCAAACCACUUCUCUUGAAGAUGUUAGUAAUGCAAGUGAGGUUUUGGAGCCUCAUACCGAAACUUCAAGUAAUACAAAUGAGGUUUUGGAACCUCAUACUGAAACUUCAAGUAAUGCAAAUGAGGUUUUGGAACCUCAAACCGAAACUUCAAGUAAAGGUGACCAAAUCCAUUCCGGUCUGGGAUUUGAGAUCUCCCUUUGUGGUCAUGAACUUAAGGCAGGUAUGGGCUUGGUAGCUGCUGCUGGAGUGUUUGAAGAACAUCGAAUAUCAGCAGAGGAUUUUGCAAAUUCUGCACCGUCAAUAAUUAAAAAUCAAAAUCUCGUUAUCAAGUUUAAAGAGAUGUACUUAACGUGGGAAAAGGCUGCUCCUCUUGUUCUCGGUGCAGCUGCAUUUGGUUCGAUUUUACCUGUCGAGUCGAAAAAUGCAUUUCCGGUGGAACAAGAUGAUGCAUUGAAGUCCAGGGAGGAUGAUCAACAAUCACCCUCGUCUGGACGGAGAUGGAGACUUUGGCCUAAUCCAUUUCGAAGGGUCAAGACACUUGAACACAGUUAUAGCGACGCAUCAAAUGAAGAUGUUUUUCUAGAUUCCGAGUCUGGGACUCUUUUAGAACCAACUCCAUCAUUGAGUAAUCAGGGAUCUCCUCAUAAGCAAUUUGUAAGGACAAAUGUUCCAACCAAUGAACAGAUAGCAUCCUUGAAUCUUAAAGAUGGUCAAAAUACAGUAACCUUCAGUUUCUCAACAAGGGUUCUAGGAACACAGCAGGUUGAUGCUCAUAUAUACUUAUGGAAGUGGAAUGCUAGAAUCGUAAUUUCUGAUGUUGAUGGAACUAUUACAAAGUCUGAUGUUUUGGGACAGUUCAUGCCUUUAGUUGGCAAAGAUUGGACACAAUCUGGGGUGGCAAGGCUUUUCUCUGCCAUUAAGGAAAACGGAUACCAGCUACUGUUUCUAAGUGCCCGUGCAAUUGUCCAGGCAUAUCUAACCAGGAAUUUCCUACUUAACCUGAAACAGGAUGGAAAAACCUUACCUAAUGGACCUGUUGUUAUUUCACCUGAUGGAUUAUUUCCUUCACUUUUCCGAGAAGUGAUAAGAAGAGCACCUCAUGAGUUCAAGAUUGCUUGUCUAGAGGAUAUCAAAAGACUUUUCCCUUCUGAUUAUAAUCCAUUCUAUGCGGGUUUUGGCAAUAGAGACACAGAUGAACUUAGUUACAGGAAAAUUGGAAUCCCAAAGGGCAAAAUAUUCAUUAUUAACCCAAAGGGCGAAGUAGCUAUUAGUCAACGUAUUGGUGCAAAGUCGUAUACAUCAUUACAUACCCUCGUCAAUGACAUGUUUCCACCUACUUCUUUAGUCGAGCAGGAGGACUACAACGCAUGGAACUAUUGGAGAAUGCCACUGCCAGAUAUCGACUAAUUUAUGGGUUAAGUUAUUUACUUCCCUUUGACAAGGAUCUGUUGAUACGAAACUAUUCAGCAUGUCAACCAAAAAGCCAGACAAUCCGCUAAUUUAUCGGUUAACUGAGUGGAGAGUACCUUCUAUCCGGGAAGUCAUUGAUGAUUGGGCAUGUAAGUUCUCCAAGAACAUAUUUCAUUGUGUUGGCAAUGCCCUUGUUUUCCUUCUUUUUUGAUCUGCAUUAAAUCUUGAUUUAUUUCUACUCAUCAACGGAGUUGUAUAACAUAACAUUUGGCUUACAUCAUAACUGCAACCUCUUGUAUAUUUUUCAUUGGGUUAUCAGGAAAUAAUGACACACAUGAUUAUCAAAGCAACUGUCUUUCUCUCUAAUUCUAAUUCUGGGUCGGUGGAUGUGGAGCCCAAGUAUUAGAGUUUGUAGGGUGUGUUGGGUAGCAUUUUCUGUUUUCACUUACAAGUACGUAAGUGUGUGACAUAAUUUUGACGUUGUCUUUUGUUUUGAAGAAUUUUAUGUAGUGUUUUUGUUGUUACUUGUACAAAUAUUUGAAAUCAUGAAAUGAAGUGAAAACAGAACAUUACAUUGUGGCCCUUGGUUUGUCCAAUGCAUAAAAAGAAAAGAAAUCCAUAUUUGUCUCUAUUGGAGUAAACAACUAGACGAGGAUGCUACAUGAAAGCCGAGGAAACAAAAGUUGUGUAGGUUUACUCAUUAUACAAUGGCUUCAAUUGUACAGAAAAUAUGCCACCCUAGGCAGUGUAAUAUCAGAAUGGAUUACUCAAUUAGCAGAAUAAUUUGUUUGACUUCUAUUUUACAUUUUUCUCGUGA